AUGCCCGCCAGCUUUAUUGGCCAAUUCAAAUCCUACCUGAACUGCGGCCAACUCAACCAAGCGCGCAACCUAUUCGAUAAAAUUCCCAACCCAAACAUUUACUCUUCAACCCUAUUAAUCUCAGCCUACACCAAACAAAAUCGCCCGCUAGAUUCGAUCCAACUCUACCAAAAUCUUCGAAAAGAGAAGAAGCUACAACCCGAUAACUUGCUUCUACUAUCGAUUACCAAGGCAUGUGCACUCUUAUCUGAUCCUAUCAAAGCUAAAGAGAUUCAUAAAGAUGUUAUUGGGUUUGGAUUCAAAUCAGACCUACCGUUAGGCAAUGCAUUGAUUGAAAUGUACGGAAAAUGUGGGCUCAUUAGUGAAGCCCAACAAUUGUUUGAUGAAUUGCCUGUAAAGGAUGUGAUCACUUGGACUUCGUUGAUCUUGAGUUAUAAGAACUGCAAGCAAUUUAGAGAAGGAUUGGGUGUUUUUCGUGAAAUGUUGAUAUCCGGGCCUAAAUUGAAUUCGGUGACUCUUUUGUCUGUUCUUGCGAUUUCUUCGAAGUUGAAAAGUUUAAAAUUUGGAAGAGAGAUUCAUUGUUUUGUGAUAAGAAACGGGUUCGAAGACAAUAUGUUUAUCGGUAGUGGGCUAGUGGACAUAUACUCAAAAUGUUUGAUUACCCAUGAUGCUAGAAUAGUCUUUGAUGGCAUGAGAUCAAAGGAUGUUGUAUCUUGGAAUGUUAUAUUAUCAGCGUAUUCUUUGAAUGGAGAUUUAGACGAGGCAUUGAGACUCUUUGAUAAGAUGAAAGUCGAUGGAGUUCUGUUGAAUUCGGCGUCAUGGAACUCAAUGAUCAGCGGGUGUGUGCAAAAUGGGAGGAUUGAGCGAGCAUUGCAAUUCUUUGCUCAAAUGCAAGAUUCAGGUACAAAACCUAACCACAUCACGAUAGCUUCUAUAUUGCCAGCUUGUACCGGUAUGGAAAGUAUAAGAGGGGGAAGAGAGAUCCACGGAUAUGUGUACAGAAAUGCUUUUAUUAAAGAUAUCAUUAUUGAUACUGGCCUUGUUCUUAUGUACGCGAAAUGUGGCGACUUGAACACGUCUAGACUCGUGUUUGAUCAAAUGCCUAGAAAAGAUAUCAUUGCUUGGAACACGAUGAUUGUGGCUAACUCAAUGCAUGGUUGUGGCAAGGAAACUCUAACAUUGUUUGAUAAGAUGAUUGAGUCUGGCAUUAGACCGGAUGCAGUCACGUUCAGUGGGGUGUUAUCGGGUUGUAGCCAUUCUCAGCUUGUCGAUAAAGCUCGACAGUCCUUUAGCUCAAUGGAACGAGAGUAUGGGCUCAAUCCUGAUGCUGACCAUUAUGCUUCUAUGGUUGAUGUAUUGAGUAGAGCCGGAUAUUUAAAUGAAGCAUAUGAGUUCAUUCAAAAUAUGCCGGUAGAACCUACACCAAGCGCUUGGGGAGCGUUACUCAAUGGGUGUAAAGUAUAUAAAAACACGGAGUUAGGGAAAAUUGCGGGUGAAGUAUUGUUGGAUAUCGAACCACAGAAUCCCGGAAAUUAUUUAUCACUUUUGAACAUUUUUGUUGGUGCGAAAAUGUAUGAUGAUGCUUCAAGAAUCAGAAUGUUGAUGAACGAUAGAGGAAUCAGAAAAGAACCAGGGUGUAGCUGGGUUCAGAUAAAGAACAAGGUGUAUACAUUUGUUAAAGGAGACGAUAGGUUUGCAAUGAGAAACGAGGUUUAUGGUUUUCUCAAAGAGACGAGACGAAAGAUGAGGGUUGAAGGGUAUAUGCCCGAUACAGAUAUCGUCUUGCAGGAUGUCGAUGGUGAAGAGAAGGAGGAGGUAUUGUGUAGCCACAGCGAGAAGCUUGCGGUUGCAUUUGCGAUAUUGAAUUUGGAUAGAGGAGAGGUUAUUAGGGUUUUCAAGAACUUGAGGAUAUGUGGAGAUUGUCAUGGUGUUAUAAGCUUUAUGGCAAAGAGUAUUGGUGUGUGUAUUACGGUGAGGGAUAGUGUGAGGUUUCACCAUUUUAAGGAUGGCUCUUGCUCGUGUAAGAAUUUAUGGUGA